AUGGCAUCAUCUCCGCCUGCCGCUGCAGAUGCGGCGACAGCCGCAGAUGCGACCUCCUUCCGCGAACAACUGGACGCCAUCAAGACGCUUUGCCAGCAGGACAAGCUGCUCCUGGCUUACCGGGCGCUAUGUACCCUCGAAGCCCAGCUCAUCACUCCCGAAAACACGUGCCGCGUAUCAGACGAAGACGACGUGGCCGCGGGUGAAGCAGCUGAUAUGUUGGCAGAGAUUAACACCAAUCACGACAUUCGCGUCAUGCGGGCUACGGCCGAGGCCGUGCUUCACGUUCGCGAAGACCUGGACGCCGUCGAGGCUUGGACCCUCCAGCGUCAGGACGACAACAGUACGACCUACUACCGCCUGGAGGAUGACAGCCCAUUUGUCUGCGUCCGCGUUGAGGGCUGGAUUGAUGAGCCCCUGCGACAGAUCAUGGCCGUCUUAUAUGAAGUUGAGUACCACCCCGAAUGGCUCCCUUCUGCCUUCUCUCUCGGCGUCGCCGAGUCCCGCGUCGUCUACAACCUCCAUCGCACCAAGCUCUGGACACACAUGCGGGUGCGCCUUCCUUGGCCCUUUAGCAACCGUUGUGGUGACUUGUUUGUUGACGGCGUCGAUUGCAUGGAGCCCACGGAAGCGCGCCGUCAGAUUGUCAUCAUGAUGAACUCGGUCAACGACGAUACGCACCUCGAGGCCCUCCGCCAGCGUUUCGGUCGCACUGACCUAGCUAUCCCACAGGAUGCUGCCGACGCCGGCGCCGUUCCCCUCGAAGUCACCCACACGGCCUUUCUUCUGACCCCGGCCGAGAUUAAUGCCGAUAUGGACCGCCGCUCGGGUACCUUUGUCCAAUUUACCGCUCGCAUCGACGCCAAAUUUGACGCACUCCCGGCCUGCGCCAUCAACGUGGGCGUCAAAAAUCUCGCCCACCUGCUCAUCGCCCGCAUGGCGGAGCAAGCCCGAAAAGUACCCUCCGACGCUCGCUACCAGGCAUGCAUGGCCGAACACAGUGACUUUUAUGACUUUAUUGACCAGCGCAUGGCCGAAUGUGGUCUUGCCCGUACCGACUGA